UUUUGCUGCUAGUCAGUCUGCUCUUUGCAUUGCUGCAUGCUUUUCUGUAUUGUCUACCUUAGUUCGAGCUUCACUGUGGUUGGCACUUCAUUUCCUGUUGUGUGCGGCCGACCUGAAGAAUGUACCAUGCAAAUCUGACUUUACCAGCAGUUUUAGUCAGUCUGAUGCUAGGAUUUUUGCCCUUUCUUUAAACGAUCGGAUUUUGUUGAGGAAUGGCUUAUGCGAGACCACGGAAAGAAGAUAAAAAGGAUAAAAAGGUAAUAAACAUGCAGUACCCAUUGGUAGUCACUGCUGCCCACGAAGCAGAUGUGAUAGCAUGUGCCUCAGGCAUGGGUGAGACGUUCCAACCCCUGAAGGCAGCAACACUUGGAGGUAAGGUUCGAGAUACUCAGACCUAUCCUUGUCUGUCCACCUUCCAGCCACUAAAUAAUCAAUUGCAGCCUAAUCCAAUGACUCAGACCUUGUGUAUCAAACCAAAGUCAACCCAGAAGGUCUUCACUGCAGUGAGAAAUACUACAUUAUGCACAGAGUUAGUGGGAUCUGCAGAUUCAAACUUAAAACCACAGUGCCAGACCCAAUUAUUAUCCAAUGAUGUCCAGGUAAUGUCUGAACCCAAAGGUGAGAAAAGUGCCUUUGCUUUGGCAACAAAUGAAACUGUCCAUGAGGAAGUCAAGAAUCCCCAGGACUGUUUACUGGAUCUUUUGUCUUCAUUCCGGGCCAAGGUGGUAAUGUGGUUUGAGGAAACACAAGCAGCUCACAUCUUACAGAAUGGAGUGAUUCCAGAAUGGUUUCAUGGAUUCAUCUCGAGAAGAGAAUCUGAAGAAUUGUUAAUAGAUAAGCCAGAGGGCUGCUUUCUUGUACGAUUAAGUGGGAGCAGGAUUGGGUUUGCACUUUCUUACAGGGGCAGUGAGCGUUGUCGUCAUUUCCUCAUAGAUCAGCUGCCAGAUGGACAGUAUGCGAUUUUAGGAGAGGACAGCUAUCACUCAAGCAUCAGUGACUUGCUUCUUCAUUACAGUACUUCUCCGAUACCACCUUUUCUGGAAUGCUUAACCGAUCCCUGCCCACAGAUGCCAGACUUCAAACCACCCCUCCCCACAAAAUCUGGUCAGAAUAUUCAGCCAGCACUGGAUCCUUUGGAGAAGUCUGACAGCCAAGCGACAAAUGCAUCUGGCAUUCGUACAUAUGCAAAGGUCAACAAACCUAAAUCUGAGGAGACAGUGCAAGAACUGACUCUUCCUUUGGAAAAAAAAUACACCGAAUUUCAAGAAAUGCACACGUAUGCAGAGCCAAAUGAGGGCAUGCCAGAAGGAAGGCACAUAUAUAAUGAGCCUGUGGAUCCAAUUGCAUUUUAUGCUAUGGUACCUGGAUUACAACGCCUUCAAUCCAGUAGUGAUUCUCUUCUUGAAAGUCCAGAAAAUGUAUAUUCUGAGCCAGAUGGGACAUUCUGCAAAAAUGUUUAUUGGGUUGACCCCAUGAGGACAUUACCUCCAGUGCCAUCUGCCGUGCACCCAGCGCUCCAGCGCUGCAGCUCAAACAAAGCAAGGACACUUCCUGUCAUUAGUCCAAAAAAUGCCUCCACCCUUCAGUUUCAGAAGCAAUUGGGCACCCUAAUUAGGCAACAGUAUUUACAGAGAAGACUAGACCCCAAAGGAGAAUUUGAUGAUCCAGUCUAUGGCAGGUCAAAAGCACAGCAUUCCCACAAUGCACCACAGAUGGAUGGACAGGACCAGGAGCAAGAGAACUUUUAUGAAAGUAUUGCAGAAGGUAGACUCAAAUCUAGGCAGCUUCCAUUAGCACCAAGAACCAGUCGAUGAUGAAUCAAGAAGAAGCACGCACAUUUACAUCACAUGUGUUUGGAAUUCAGCAGAUAUAAGAUCCAAUACAUCAGCAUGGAACCAUUCGGUGCAAAUUGCAUGAACAGCUACUGCUCAUAAGUGAUAUGCAGAAAGUACUCGACGUCUGGUAAACCUAAGAAGAGUCACAGAGAAAUGAAAAAAAUUCAGAAAACACUUUGUGAUCCAUUUAGUUCACAUUUGCCAUCGCAGAUAUAUUGUUGUUACAGACUGCAGUGUGCUAUAACUGAAGUAUUUUAUAUUUAUCACACUUCUGGCAAAAACAGACUAGGAAAUAUGACACAGGACAAAAAAUCUAGUAGCAACAAAAACAGAUUAGGGAAAAAUAGGACAUAACAGAAACAUCUAGAAAUAAAAUGCUACUGAAAAUGCUUUUUCCACUAAGCCAUUUGACAUUAUUUUUCAUUGUGCAGAUGAAAACCACUUCCUCUUUGGUUUCCGUAUUCACCUGACAUGUGAAAUGUUUUCUUAAAGUUAAUUUUCAGCACCUACCUAAAUGGCAUUGUUAUUCUUCGUAUUUUCUGACCUGCAGCUUCCUUUCUCAUUUUUCUUUGAGUGCGUGUCAUCCACAGCCCUAACAGGGUUACCUCCUUCUGCUCAAACUGUGACAUUUCCAUUCUAUAUAUUUUGUUUUAAUUACUUUGCAUUCAAUAAAUUAUCCAAGUGCAGCUCAUCUGGAAGGCAGAUCUUACACAUCCCACACAGAGUCAUCGAUCAGAACUUCCAUUUAAUGUUAUUGGUAUACUCUGCCUUUGUCAUGGCAGUACUGGUUCUGUGGAUGACAGGUUUUUCAGUGACAGCCUUAUUGUUCUUGCUAACAUAGUGUUUAACUUUAUCAAGGACAGCAUAGAAGGUUUUAUCUGUCUCUGUUUUCAUUGGUUACUGGUGAAACAUUGCAGUUCCUUGUAACUGUCAAAAAUAAAAAGUAUUCUUUUAUAUUAUGAAAGAAGUUCCCCAUUACAGUAUCAUUGCUAAACACAAAAAAGAUGAUUUUUCUGCACUGUUGAACAUCUGUCAGAAUGUGGAGGUUCCAUGCUUUGUUGAAACUACUGACACAUAUUCAUUCUCCCUGCAUACAUUGCCCUGCCAACUAUUUUGUGAUCUACCACUGACUCCUUACUUUGUUAAUGAAGACCACUCCCAGCAUAGCCAAACUACCCUCUAGAUGAUAACACUAAAUUGUUUCAGUUUAAUGAAUUUUUUGUCAUGGAGACAUCUCCCUGACUACACAAUCAGGCUGUUGCAUCCCCAUAAUUAUCUUUGCUAGCAUCAGAGAGCACUGAUCAUUGCUGUAUUCCUGAUGUAGACAGCUGCUAAUGCCUUAGUUAUGAUACUUUGCUCUGACUUCAUUUUACAUCAUCUUUUAUUGUGUAUUCCUGAAUAUGUCAUGACAAAAUGAAGUGUCUUACAUCUGUUUUCAUGUAACAGAUGUCUGCAGUUGUAUAAGGUACCUUUUAAAGAAUUGAACCAGUGAUGCAGAGAGCUAAAGCCCAAUUAUAUUAUCUUCUGUCAUGCCUUUCAACUAGACUGGGUUCAGGACUGUUAUGGGAAAUAAUUGAUUGUUAACAUGCAGCAUUCCUCAAUUCCAUGGAGACGCAACCACUACAAAACAUAACAAAUUUGUAGAUUUAUGGUCUUGGCUGAUAUUCAUUCUCAGUUGCUGUAACUAUAAGGUGUUCUUGAAAUCAAGGUGUAAAACAUGCUGACUACAUGACCGUUCUUGCCACCUGUAAUCUGCAUCAGCUUCUGUACAACCACUGGCUCACCUGUCUCUAGAUGGAUGAUUCUGCCAACUAUACUAUAAACAGCGACGCCUUGAAUAUAUAUGGGACUGCAUAGAGGAGAUAGUAUGGACAAACAGCAGCAAUCGUUAUGUAUUCAUUCUAAAAUAUUUCAUUUCAUGUCUCUGGUUAGAAACUUCUUGUUGCUUCUUUUGUACAGUAUUCUUUAUUUUACAAUUUAUUAAAAUGAUGCUGCUUAGCUCUUCUCCUAAACAUAA